AUGCAGUCCGACCAAGUCGGCGCACCGGAGGUUGCCUCCUUCUCCAAAACAAAGCUCAUGGGUGCCCGUGUGGCGGCUCCAGGUGAAGUCCCUGCCCGCCACCUGCGGCUCUCAGAUAUUGAUGAAGCGCACAGGUCCAAAAGUCCAUCACGCCAGCCGGGUUACUGCGUCGAUGAGCUCUGCACUUGUGGUCAGCACAAAUGCGUGCCGUCCAGGCCGGCUGUUCCUUUCGAGGGAAACUCUGUCUAUCGGCAGGAAUAUGGGCCUAAGCCCCUUCCUCCACAGCCGCAACAAACCCCUGUCAAACUACCACCAUCUCUGCCAUUUGAGGGCGAGAGCAGUUAUAGGACAGAGUAUGGACCAAAGCCGCUUCCUCCCCCAGUAAAGCCUUCUCAAGUUACCCUCCCACCUUCACUCCCCUUUGAAGAGACCACCGCAUACCGCAGAGACUUCGGGCCUAAGCCUCUCCCCCCUCCUGUCAAGCCAGCAGAAGUGAAGCUCCAACCAUCUCUCCCCUUUGAAGCCAACUCAUCUUACAGAUCUGAUUAUGGGGCUAAGCCACUGCCUCAGGUGGUCCCCCCCGCUCCUGUGACACUUCCUCCCUCUUUGCCGUUUGAGGCGAACAGCGCGUAUCGCGAGGAGUUUGGGCCUAAGCCCUUGCCCAAACAGCCAGCCCCUCAAGAAGUGAAACUUCCUCCGUCUCUUCCGUUCGAAGGAGACACAGUUUAUCGCUCAGAAUAUAUACGCAAGGAAAACCCGGUGUGCCAGGUGACCCGAAUGCCCCCGUAUCCUCAACCGGAGUACCCAAACAACCACGUCUUCUGGGAUAAGAACGAGAAAACAUGGUACUAG